AUGCAUUCAUUCAAGACUGUUCUUGCUCUUGGAGCUCUCCUGCCCGCAUUCCUUGCGCAGGCCAGCAAGAUUAUCCGUACCCGCAACGAGCACACCAUUCCCGGCUCGUGGGUUGCCCGUAUUGAAGAGAAUGAAGUCCUCGAGGCUGUUCUCUCCACUGUCCUGGAGGCUGCUGGUAUCGAGUCCAAGGAAACCUACUCUGUUGGAGGUGUCAAGGGUUUCACUUUUGAUGCCGACGAUACCAUCCUAGAUAUCCUCGAGAGCAUGGGAGCCAUCAAGUCUGUCGAGCCUGACUACAAGAUGUAUGCUUCCGUCCCGGUUGGCAGCUUGAAAGCGCGCCAAACCAACGGUACUCUUACUACCCAGAAAGGCUCCCCCUAUGGCCUGGGACGCAUCUCCCACCGUGAGCCUGGCACUAAGGAUUACAUUUUCGACAGCUCUGCUGGCGAGGACACUUUCAUCUAUGUCAUCGACACUGGUGUCAACACCGAGCACACCGACUUUGGCGGCCGUGCCACUCUCGGAAAGAGCUUCAUCGCCGGAUCUGACGGCGAAGACGACCAAGGCCACGGCACCCACUGCUCUGGAACCGCCGCCGGCACCAAGUUCGGUGUAGCUAAGAAGGCCAACAUCAUCGGUGUCAAGGUCCUCGGCGCAGACGGCUCUGGUAGCAACUCUGGUGUCCUUAGGGGCAUUCAAUGGGCCGUUGACGACGCCACCGAGAAGGGCCACAUCAACCGCACCGUCCUCUCCAUGUCCCUCGGCGGCCCCUUCUCCCAAACCACCAACGACGCCAUCCAAUCCGCUGUUGAAGCUGGUGCUUUCGUCGCCGCUGCCGCCGGAAACGAAGGCGAAGACGCAUCCAACUCCUCCCCCGCCUCCGCACCACAAGCCUGCACCGUCGGCGCCACAAACGAGCGCGACCUCAUGGCCUCCUUCUCCAACUUCGGCAAGCUCGUCGACAUCUUCGCCCCCGGAGAGAAGAUCCAGAGCGCCUGGAUCGGCAGCUCCACCGCUACCAACACCAUCAGCGGAACUUCAAUGGCUUGCCCCCACAUUGCUGGUCUCGCUGCCUACCUUAUUGCGCUCGAGGGCCCCCGCUCUCCUACUGCCCUGUGCAAGCGCAUCCAGGAGCUUGCUACCAAGGACGCUAUUACUAACAUCAGAGAUGGAGAUGAUAGCCCCAACCUCAUUGCUUACAACGGCAACGGCGCGUAA